UCUUCCAAGUCCAGAUGCUAGGAAGGUCAGGCACAUUCGGGCCGAAUGGAGAAGCUUGGAGACGAGGAAGGUACGCGGGAUACAAGCAUUUUGAGGUUCAUUGCACAAGAAAAGGUAUAUAUGUCGGCGUGAGCGUCCAUCUUGUGUGAUGGCAACGACUACGUGUUCACCCUCGUUUAAGGAUACCAAAGCCGUUCUCUUCAAUUCCCCGUUUCUCUUUUUAUAUAUCUUGCCCUCAUAUUGGCAGCCACAUUCACUAUCUUCUUUUCAAUCUCUUCUUCUUUCGCUCCACGUCUGUGACUUGCGAGGAUGUUUUCGCUAUCGGGCUCGCUCGCUCUUAUUUCCCUAACAGGGUCGGCACUGGCUGCCACCGCCACGUACGCUGUUCAGAUGGACCACGACUUCUUCGCUGGGCCACAGACUGGAAUCGGCUCAUGGUUCCGUGCAGACGCAGACCAGGACGCUACGAAUGGAAACAGUUGGUGCGGAUACAAAUACUCCAACAGCGAUCCGAUCAUUGCGGUGUCUCUUAGAAGAAUGGGCGGUGCAACAUACAAUUCGGACCCCGAGAAAUGGAGACAUAUAACUAAGAAGUACUGUGGCCUCGAGGCCAAAGUCACUGAUCCUCAAACGGGGAAGUCGAAGCUAAUGUAUAUCGGGGACGGUUUUGAUGAGAAGUGGGUGAAGUCGCCAUCCUCCAUCGACAUUAUGAUUGACGCGUUUGCGGAUAUCCAUCAUCAUCCAGGGAACAACAAGAACGACGUCAUCAGAGGUGUCAAAUGGGAGUUGACCGGCAGGAUUAAUGAGCAAUGGGCGGCACCAGGCGCAGAUUGGUCCGUUAAAAAGAUGGACACUGGAAGUGACCCAUCCCCCGAUUCAGACUCUGGAGAAUACAAACCUGCUCCGAUGACCUUCAUCACAUCGAAGAAGCCCGCCAGCCCAACUCCUGCUCCAUCUCACGAGUACAGCCCUGGCUCAGACAACCAAAAAGCACCCAUGGGACACCCACCUGCUAAGCAAUCCAAUUCACCACCAGCCCCUACUCAUGUUCCCUCCGACGAAUACAACCCUGGCUCAGACGCCCCAAAAGCGCCAAUGGGACACCCGCAUGCGAAGCCAUCUAAUGCGCCACCUGUACCCACCCAUGUUCCGUCAGAAUCUACUCCUGACCAGUAUUCCGGGAAGCCUUCACCUACCCCGACUUCAGGUGCUCCUCCUACUAAUGCUGGUAAGGAUACCGAAGGAGCUCAUGACAACGGCAGUAACGAUGCGAACGAAGACACCAGCAAGGACUCGGAGACGCCUGGUGGCUCGUACAACCCUGGACGAGAAAACUCAUGGCCGUAUUGCAAGGAUAAAGCCGGGUCUAAGCAGUAGACUGGUGGGCCCAAGAAGAGAACGAAGAUCUGUCAUGAUAUUGCCCGAGGCCUGAUUCUUUGUUACGACGCUCUUUACGAAUUCUUCCGCCGUAUCUCUUGCACUGGCUGUGUUCGGGUAUAUAGGUGCGUGCCGGCCGGUACGGAUGA